UGCUGCACUAUCUUCUGCACCGGUCAAGAUGGCGGAUAGACCAGUUCCCGUCGUUGAGAAGCGCCUGAUGGAUGUGAAGCUGGGUGAGCUGGGAUCCUGGUUCGGAGGUCGAGACUUGACCCCAAACGGCUUACUGGGCGCCUGCCGCCGCGGCUGUAACAGAUACCACACCAAGUACAUCGACGUGAAGAAAGGAGGCAUCAGUGGCAUGGCUAUUCUGAUCGUUGGCUACAUGGCCAUAAGCUACUUGUGGCAAUACGACCACAUCAAACAUGAUCGCUGGAGGAAGUACCAUUAAGUCCCUGCAGCAGCCAUCAGGGGAGGAUCUCUCAGCUCACCAUUGCUCUUUCUAUUCUCAGCUCUGUGUUCAUGUGACCAAUAAACAAAACUCAUGU